AUGUCUCUCGUGUGCACAGAGUGCAUGACCGCCACCGCCUGCGAUCACAUCUUGACACUUCCGGCGUGUGCCAGCUGCGACAAGGCACCGCCAGAGGUCAGGCUCAAGCGAUGCGCCAAGUGCUUCUCGACCGUGUACUGCUCACGCGUCUGCCAAAAGGCGGACUGGAAGGUGCACAAGAAGAGCUGCAGCAAGCUGGCGAGCAUCACGGCAAUCCGAGCCGUCAACCUGUCGCCGCGACAGGGGCUGGAACAGGGCAUCCCCUUCCCUUAUGCCGCUCUCGACAGCCGCACCUGGCUUCACAACCGGCCAAAGAUGGACGUAUACCGGCUGCUCAUCGACGCAUACAGGCUGCGCAUCGAGGACAUGCGCAACCUCGGCGGCAAGGCCGACGCCGACAGCAUCUACGGAGGCGCGGCCGACGGUCUGCAGGGCUUCCGCCGCUUCCUCGGCCGAGUCCAAUGUCGCGCCGACCUGCUGCCGCGUUGGUGGAACGAGAGCAAGAAGCGCGAUUGCGAGGCUCUCGGCCUCACGUCGGCACAGUGGUACCACCUGGACAAGGCCGUGACCGAAGACGACAUGGUGCAGCGGUACGGCGAGUAUCAAUUUCCCAUCCAGCUGCGCCUCUUUGCCGAGUCCGUUUACGGCCGGGCGCCCAACGGGAUCGACAGGACAGGUGUCAGGAAGGUCAUGGUUGCUCUGGAGGGGAUUCUGACGCGUGACAAGAGUGUGUACCCGAAAUCAAAUUCGAGGUUUAACUCCAGCCAUCUAGGCUUCAAGGCUGCAGGUUCGCGGGUGGAGGAUGGUUAUGUCAUGCCGUAUCGUGGUUCCUAUAAUGUCGAGCAACCUGCACCUUCGCGGUAUGAAUAUGGUGUCAUGCCCCCUGAACCAUGA